CAGGAUCGGGUGUGUCGGUCGAGACGGGUGACCGGCAAUCUCGUGUUUCCCGCGACAAAGGUGCCGGGUACUCCUCACCGCUGGCGUCGAAUGAGAUGCAGCGCUCUCUCGUGUGUGCGCGUGUGCGCGCGCGCGUGUACUUUGGAGGCUGGCGAUCGUCCUCGAGUCCCGGGACUCCGUCUUGCUCUCUCUGCUCUCCUCCUCCUUUCUGGUACCGGAAAACUGUGGCCUGACCAAGCUCGGUCAUCAUCCUCGUGUGGCUUCAUAUGGUCUCUUGAUGAAGGGGAUCUGGUUGAGUGUUAAGCUGGGAUCCAUGGCUAAGACAAUGACGCUCCUGGAAUGCGACAAAUGAGCAACAUUAAGGGAGUCGGAGUCUCUCACGUUGGGUGGUACCGUUGAAUGCAAUGCAAUCAGCGGCCAAUUGAGGGGUCUCCGAUACAUCCGAAGGCAGUAAUAGAAGAGCCGGAGCAUGGCGGUGUUGCAGGCAGCCUCGGAAGAGAAGAAAGGGGGAGCUCAGUGCGUAAUGGUGGGUCUGCAGAUGGAUGCCAAUGGCAAGGAAUUGCUCGACUGGGCAAUUCACAGAGUUUCUGAGCAAGGCGACCGCAUCAUGGCGGUUCAUGUCUGCCGCGACUCCGAUCUGAGGAACACCAUCACCACCCUGUCUCUGAUUACCAUGUUAGAUGAGUACCUGGCAGCCUAUGAAGGCGCCUGCAGUCUUAAGCAAAUUGUUCUUGUCGGCCGGGUUGCUCGGGGGAAUUCCAUCCGGAAAGCCCUGGUGAAGGAGGCCAAAUUAUGCGCAGCCAUGAAGGUAAUCGUCGGAGUAAACAAGCACAGCUCCAUAGGGGGAUCAGCUCCGCUUGCUAAGUAUUGUGCCAAGAAGCUCCCUUCAGCUACUGCUGUGAUUGCUGUACAAAAUGGAAAUAUCAUCUUUGAAAAGGGAGCUACCAAACCAUCUCCAGGAGAAGAAUCAAAGCGCCGAAGCUUGCAGAAUCUUUUGUCUCCAGUCACAGCAAAUUCCAAGGACAAGACCGGUAAAGAGACACUGAAAUCAUCUGAUUCCGGAUUUGGAGAUGGCAAGGAGGAGGCGAUGCCGAAUGACAGCAACCACGUCACGAAGCAAAUGACGAAAGCUACUCCAACUUCUGUGACGAUGCUGGUGAAGCAACUGCCAGAGCCGAGGCUGGGUUGGCCUCUGCUGCGGAGAGCAAAACCAGGAAGAACCGGCGAAGCCAAGAGGGCUGAUCCAGCUCGGAAAAUGUCGGUUGUCCAAUGGGUCAUGACCCUGCCGGAUAGAACCUUGUCAUCGGCUCAGCCAUCGUUGCAGCUAACCGAGGAGUUGAACACAAUUCUCAGUAGCAGUAACUUGAGCUGCAAAUGGUUUGCAUACGAGGAACUCCUGAGUUCAACCAAGCAGUUCUCUUCAGAAAAUUUGAUCGGGAAGGGAGGAAGUAGCCGUGUAUACAGAGGCUGCCUUCAGAAUGGCCAUCAGGUGGCUAUCAAGUUAUCGAAACUAUCAACAGAGGCAUCAAAAGAUUUCCUUCUGGAGGUCCAUAUCAUCACCAAGCUCCAGCACUCGCGUGUCGUCUCGUUGUUGGGCAUUUGCGUCGAGGAAACCACUCUGAUCUCCGUGUACAAGUAUUUCCCCAAUGGAAGCUUGGAGGAAAAAUUACAUGGUGAUAAGGUGAAGCACCUGCUCCCCUGGGACAAGAGAUUUAAAGUGGCGGUGGGGAUUGCCGAGGCUCUCAGCUACCUUCAUCAUGGAUGUCCUCAACCGGUGAUCCAUAGAGAUGUCAAGUCCUCAAACAUUCUUCUCAACGAUGAAUUUGAGCCUCAGCUAUCUGAUUUCGGCUUAGCUAUGUGGGCACCGACAACCUCAGCCUACCUGACACAGAGGGAUGUGGUUGGAACAUUCGGAUACAUCGCACCUGAGUACUUCAUGUAUGGAAGGGUCAGCAACAAGAUCGAUGUCUACGCCUACGGCGUCGUCCUGCUGGAAUUGGUAACAGGAAGAAAGCGGAUAGAUGAUGAAAACCCCAAAGGAGAAGAGAGCUUGGUGAUGUGGGCGGCGCGAAUUAUUGAGGGAGGAGGAGAUCUUAUGGACCUGUUGGAUCCCGAUCUCGACGCGAAUUAUGACAAAGAUCAGAUGAGAAGGAUGAUUUUAGCUGCAUCUCUUUGCAUCACAAGAGUAGCUCGUCUCCGACCUCAAAUUGACAAGAUACGCAGCCUUCUGCAGGGGGAAGAAGACAUGGAGACGUGGAUAAGCAGGCAAGCAGAUUCCAUGGUGGAUUGUCCGGACGACGAAGCCUACCCAGCGUCGGAUAUUGGGUCGCAUCAAGGCCUUGCGGCGCUGGAGGCGGAGGAUGAUGCUUCGGUCACUAGCUUCGGCCAGAGUCACGUCGGUUCCUGGGAAGAGUACCUGCGAGGUAGAUGGAGCCGUUCGUCCAGCUUCGAUUAGGUCCCUCCCUGUGAGGUAAUAGUGUCUUGUGAGCUUGUGUGCGCUCUUCUUCAGCAGCCAGCUUUGGUGGGAUGAUGAUAGCAGAUGUUGCUACGAGAUUAAUAAGUGUAACAUCAACGAGGCAAAAAAAUAAAUCAAUUGUACGAUGUCAUCUGUAGCA